CUCUGUCCUGUGGGCACCGCUCCCGAAACCACCGACCCCUGCCGGGCGGCUGUGCAAGCGGCCCCCGCCCAGCCCGUGCGCUGCCAGGUGAAGCCGCGUUAUGGAGGCUGCCCGACGGGGAAAGUCUCGGGAACAGCCGAGCACGGCUGCCCGUCCCACCGCCGGGCUCCGGCAGAGCUGUGCGGGGCAGAGCUCCACCCUCACCUCCCUGCGCCGCAGAACGCAUGCGCAGCUGCGACGGUCGCGGCGGCUGAGGAAGUGACGCAUGGCCGCUCGGCGUGGGUGGGCAGGGGAGCGGCGGUGCCGAGCGUCCCGGUGCCCGGCAGCGAGAGGAUGCCAACAGACAACAGCCACCUGCCAGACAGUAUCCAAGAACAAGAGCCUGAUACUUCUGCAAGCAAUAAUUGCCAGCAUAAUGCUGAGGAAUCAGGAACUGAACAAAAAAAUGACAUUUGUAACAGUGACCUGGGUGAUAGUAUUAGAACUCCCAGCUCUGACAGCCCGUCUCCGACAUCCACGGCUUUUCCUUUGGAGGUGCCCAGGAGAGGACAACCCCUUUUACAGAUCAACAGGCAGCAGAUUCAGUCCAUCUCAUGUAGUGCACAGGCUGCUGAGCUCAAAGGUUUGGGAGUUGAUGUCUAUGACCAAGAUGUAUUGGAGCAAGGAGUUCUUCAGCAAGUAGAUAAUGCAAUUAAUGAAGCUAAUAAAGCAGCAAAAAUAGCUGAUGCGGAGAAAGAGUAUCAGUCUGUGGUGGAUGACUUAAGAUCAUGUACAACAUCCCUGAAGCAAAUUGAUAAAAUUAUUGAGCAACUUUCACCUCAAGCUGCUGACAACAAAAAUAUAAGCAGAAAACUAGAUUCUGUAAAACGGCAAAAAUAUAACAAGGAGCAACAGCUGAAGAAGAUCAAAGCAAAACAAAAGCGUCUCCAAGCAAUUCUUGGUGGAACAGAGAUUCUCAGUAAAGUAAAUGAGAUUGAACUGGAGGAAGAUGAAGAACCUGGUCCAUCAUGUCUUGGCAGUAUGCUUAUGCCUGUUCAGGAAACAGAAUGGGAAGAGCUCAUUCGUACUGGCCAGAUGACUCCAUUUGGAACUACAGUACCUCAGAAGCCAGAGAAGAAGACACGGCGAUUGAUGCUAAAUGAAGCAUCUGACUUUGAGAAGUACUUAGCAGACCAAGCUAAGCUGUCAUCUGAAAGAAAGAAGUUAUCUCUUCACAAAGGAGCAAAGAAGAAAGCACAAGCCAAAAAUGUUCAGUGUGUAGCUUCUACAUCUACUAAAAAGGAAAAAGGGGGUAAAGCCCUGUCAAAAACAGAUAAGCGCUUAAAAAAACACAUAAGAAAACUCCAGAAGCAUGCCCUUCAGAUUCAAUCAAAAGCAGAGAUUCCAAAAGAAAAGAAAUAUCUUGAGGCCAAGAAGUUCAGGUGUGAACAGGAGGAUGAUAGUGGAGAGUCUGAGUAUGUACCUGAUGAGGAGCUCUUUGAUCCAGAAGCAGCAGAAGAGGAGGAAGAGCAUGCAUCUUCUCCUGGUGAGAAUGAUUCUGAUUAUGAACUCAGGAAUUUGUCAAGUAAAAGAAAAUAUUCAGUGAAGAGAGGUUUUAAAGAAGCUGAAGAUGAUGCGGACUUCUUUCCAAGCUCUGAGGAAGAAGAACAUACACUGGGGAAGCGCAAGGGAAAGAGAUGGAGAGAUGAUGGAGAUGAAGACUAUUAUAAACAGAGACUAAGGAGGUGGCAAAAAGAACGUUUGAAGGACAAAGAACAUCAAACAGCAGAGGAACUUUCUGAAGAAAGUGAUGCUGAAUUUGAAGAGGGUUUCAAAGUACCAGGAUUUCUGUUCAAAAAGCUUUUUAAGUACCAGCAGACAGGUGUUAGGUGGCUCUGGGAAUUGCACUGCCAGCAGGCAGGAGGAAUUCUGGGAGAUGAGAUGGGAUUGGGCAAGACCAUUCAGAUAAUUGCCUUCUUGGCAGGUCUGAGCUACAGCAAGAUCAGGACUCGUGGUUCAAAUUACAGGUACCAGGGAUUGGGUCCAACAGUGAUUGUUUGUCCAGCUACUGUGAUGCAUCAGUGGGUAAAAGAAUUCCACACCUGGUGGCCUCCAUUUAGAGUCGCGAUUCUCCAUGAAACUGGUUCUUACACCGACAAAAAGGUGAAACUAAUCCGUGAAAUUGCUUCCUGCCAUGGAAUUUUAAUUACAUCUUAUUCAUACAUUCGACUGAUGCAGGAUAACAUCCACAGAUAUGACUGGCAUUAUGUGAUUCUGGAUGAGGGUCACAAAAUCCGAAAUCCAAAUGCUGCAGUCACACUGGCAUGCAAGCAGUUCCGCACACCCCAUCGAAUCAUCUUGUCUGGCUCGCCUAUGCAAAAUAACCUAAAGGAGCUCUGGUCCCUGUUUGACUUUAUAUUCCCAGGGAAACUGGGAACACUUCCUGUGUUCAUGGAGCAAUUUUCAGUUCCGAUAACCAUGGGAGGUUAUGCCAAUGCCUCUCCUGUUCAGGUUAAAACUGCGUACAAAUGUGCCUGUGUGUUACGGGACACCAUAAAUCCCUAUUUGCUGCGAAGAAUGAAGGCUGAUGUGAAAAUGAGCCUUUCACUUCCAGAUAAAAAUGAACAGGUCCUCUUCUGCCGUUUGACAGAUGAGCAGCGUCAAGUCUAUCAAAAUUUCAUCAACUCAAAAGAAGUAUACGAGAUUCUCAACGGAGACAUGCAGCUUUUCUCAGGACUAGUAGCUUUGAGAAAGAUUUGCAACCACCCUGACCUCUUCUCUGGUGGUCCGAGGAUUUUGAAGGGUAUACCAGAUGCUGAAGUGGAGGAAGCAGAUCAGUUCGGGUACUGGAAACGUUCUGGAAAAAUGAUAGUGGUAGAAUCCUUGCUGAAAAUAUGGCACAAGCAAGGUCACAGAGUGUUGUUUUUUACUCAGUCAAGACAGAUGCUGCAGAUAUUUGAAGUCUUUGUGAGAGAUAGAAACUAUUCCUACUUCAGGAUGGAUGGCACCACAACGAUAGCUUCCAGACAGCCCCUUGUAACAAGAUUUAAUGAGGACAAAUCCAUAUUUCUUUUUCUUCUGACAACUCGUGUUGGUGGCAUUGGAGUUAACUUGACUGGUGCUGACCGAGUUAUUAUUUAUGAUCCUGACUGGAAUCCCAGUACAGAUACACAGGCUCGGGAACGUGCUUGGAGAAUAGGCCAAAAGAAGCAGGUGACUGUGUACAGGCUUCUCACUGCAGGUACUAUUGAAGAGAAGAUCUACCACAGACAAAUCUUCAAACAGUUUUUAACAAACAGAGUGCUGAAAGACCCUAAACAGAGACGCUUUUUCAAAUCAAAUGAUCUUUAUGAACUUUUUACUCUGAGCAGUCCAGAUGUGUCUCAGGGGACAGAAACAAGUGCAAUUUUUGCAGGUACUGGUUCAGAUGUUCAAGUCCCAAAACGCCAAUUGAAUCAAAAGCUUGAAAAGCCGCCUGACAAUGGUACUUCUAAAGGUGAUCUCCAUCUUACAGAAAGCAGCUCACCGAAGUACAGCAAGUCAUCUGACUCCUACUCAACCAUGCACGUGACAAAUUCUUCUUCUAAAGCAAUAGAGACAAGUGAGGAAACCAAAGGAAAUUUGGAAACCUUUGACCAAAACGGCUAUGCGAAAGAUAAUGCACAAGCUGCUACUAAUAUAAAUUCAUUGAAUAAAAGCAAGGAGGACAGCUUGGAAAGAGCUGAAAAAUGCAUGUCCCAGUCACUGCCAGGUGAUGCAGGGUCUUCAGAGAGUGGCAAAUGUCUGAACACUGUGCUGGCUGAUGAAGGACAAGGAGCAGCAAAUGCAACUGUCAAGGGAGACUUCAGCCUUACAUGUGGUGCAGCUGGCCCUUGGGAAGACCAAGUUGCUAAAACUGACGAUGGGCAAAUAGAUAAUAAUCAUUAUAAGUGUACCUCAAAAACAAAACACAGGGUGGAUAUGAUGUCACAUAAGAGCCACAAAGACAAGUCUAAGAAGAAACAUCACAAAGAUGCCAAAUUUGAAGGAGAGCGCAUUCCUCAUCUAGUGAAACAGAAGCAAUACAGAAAAGAGAACAGUGAAGAAGAGCAGGAAGACUCAAAGAAAAAUGAUGAUUACGUCUUGGAGAAACUUUUCAGAAAAUCAGGGGUACACAGUGUUAUGAAGCAUGAUGCCAUUAUGGAAGCUUCCAGUGCAGAUUAUGUGCUGGUGGAAGCAGAAGCAAACAGAGUGGCGCAAGAUGCCUUAAGAGCUUUAAAAAUCUCUCGACAGCGUUGUUUAGGAGCUGCUUCUGGUGUGCCAACCUGGACAGGCACGAGUGGGCUUUCAGGUGCACCAUCAGGAAUAAAGAGUCGGUUUGGUCGCAAAAGAAACCCAAUGCUGCUUGCUUCACAUUCCACUUGUGCAUCACCUGUGAAGAAGUGCAAGGAUGCAGAUAAAAUAAAGAGAGAAGAUGUAAAGAAGAGUAGUUCCAAUGGACACUUUGAUGGAAAAUCUGGAGAAUCGUCGCCCAGUGCACUAGACUCUUCAACAUUAUUAGCCAAGAUGAGGGCAAGAAACCACCUUACUUUGUCACAACAGACAAGGCAUGAAGGAGAUGAGAAUCAUUACCAAGCACCCACCCCAGUCCCAGGUUCAACUGAAUACGAUGAACUGCUCGUGGAUCUGCGUAACUUCGUAGCGUUCGGGGCCCGUGUGGAUGGCGAGGCGAGCACCCAGGAACUGCUGCAUGAAUUUGAGUCCAAACUGACUGUGGCGCAGUCCUCCGUCUUUAGAGAACUUCUCCGCAACGUCUGCACCUUCUAUAGGAGGCCAAAUGGUGAAGGUGUCUGGAAACUAAAGACAGAAUUCUACUGACCUUUGUCUCACAGAGGCACCUGUCAACCCCCACUCUCCGUUCAGAGACUUACUGUUUGUCUUUUAAAAUGAGGAAUUAUUUUGUAUUCAUGAUUUAGUAGUUGACUUGAGCAGUCGAUGCCACAGUGCUUCCUGCAGGCUCAGAGCUAACUUAAUUUCUGACUUACACUAUUUAUAUUAAAGUGCCAUCUACCUCAUAGAUGAAACAAUACAAAGUAUCAGCACCUUUUCUUUAAAAGAAAUGUUAAUAUAAAUGGGACGAAGAAUACGUACUGACUUCUUUUUGCAAUAAGAACCAUGGAUGUUGCUGUGGGUUGUAAGACUUUUAUUUGAUUUCUGUGAAAUUCCAAGAACUUCUUCCUCAAUUUUCUGUAUGUUACUUGAAUUGUCAUGGACCACACAGUGUACCAUCAGAAAAAAAAUUAUGAUGGUGGUCAGCAUGAGAGAUUCACUUGUACCGACAAGUGCAUCUAAAUUGUUGUAUGACACUCUGAUCAGCAGUGAGAAUUUUAUUUUAAUGUUGGUGGUUUUGUUAUUGCCAGCACCUAGCACAUGCAGUGUAACUUACAUCAGUAAUUAACUUGGAAAAUAAUUCUACUGCCACAGAGGUUUAAUCGCAAAAAAAUGAAAAGCCUGGCAGGAUAUUGAGGUGACUGACAGUUGAUAAUUAUGGAAAAAUUAUUAUAUUAUGGAAAAGCCAUUUAUGCCAUAAUCAUCAAUUUGUUUACAGUCCCUUACACCACUGGCAAUUGCUUGGUACAAUUUUUCUUACCACUGAGGUGACAGUAACUGUUAUGUUUGUCACAGGUUGUGGACUGGUAGUUGAAGUCUGUUAGAGAAGUUCCCAUGAAAUGUUGACGGGUCUCACUUUAACUGAUGUCAAAAACUUCCCAGUUCCCUGUUAGCACUUAAAAUUUUAUAGCUUGGCAAAGACUGAGGUGUUAGUUGGUCAAAGGGGGAAUGAUUUCACUGUAUUUUGCUAAACAUAAUCAUUUUUGGCCAGAGACAUGAUAGGAGCAUUUACAGAAGUUACAGGUCAUGCCUAUUCUGUAGACAGAGCAAAUCUCAGAACUUGUCUGACUGUCAGGAAGACUAUUACACAUUAUCUUCCAAGGAAGGAAGGGUUGGAUUAUUUGUGGCAAACGUGAGUACUACAUUGAGUCUGUCUUCAAAGUACUAGUGUGCAACGUAAGGAAAUCUUAAGGGGGGUUGAAAAUUGAUAGAUUUUUGAGAAGAAAACCACAUUGUUGCAGCAACAUGAAAUUACUGUUUGGCUUAAAUGAGGAGCAGUUAAAUAUGCCUCAUGUCCUUCCUAUCUCUAAGCUACGGAGAAAAAGUAAAGCUGAGCUACUUUUGGUUUUUUGUUCAGCGUGAAAGUAUCUUAUUUACUUCAAAUGGAAGAACAAAUAUUGAAAGAUGAAUGGUGAAGCGAGAGUACAAACUGUUAAUUUGUUCUUGAAACGGACCUCUUUGAGAUGCUUCCAAUGUUUUUUCCUCUUGUUUUUGCUCAGUGCUAAUGGAUCUUUAGAGAUCUACAAAAAAUGGUGCCUCACUGUUCCAAUAACUGGCCAGUUGGCUUUUUACAGACUGGAGUUGGAGAUAACAGACAUUCCAAGAAUCUGUUUCUUCUCCUCAUUGCAUCUGAAAGUGCGACUGUCGCACCUUUUCCUGACAUCUUUUUCUGAUCCCAUUUAUAUUCCCUUACAUUCCCUUUUUCAAGAGAGAAAGCUGCAAUUACAAAACACUUCAAAAAUUGUAGAUCUUUUGAUGUUACUUAAAAUGGAUCAGUAAAAGAGUGAACACAAACCAAUGUUGCUCUUCUCCACAAAGCUAUAGGGAAUUUUAUUUGGUUUUGGGUGUCGUGCCUGCUUGCAUCCCAAUGCUGUGGGAACAAACCAGGAAUUCAACUGUCAGCAAAGCUGCCAUUGUCACCUUAGCUGUCAGUGCUGGUGUCCUGUUCCAUUUACUGCUUCUUGUCUUAGAUACAUAGUUCCUGCAAAGAAAGUUUGCAGCUUCUCACUAGUCUGUUAAUGUAAAUUGACUUGCAUGUGCUUUUUAUAAAACCUUGGCUUUUACGGACUUAUUAAAAAAGCAAAAACAAA